CACGCGUUUCAAAGCCCGUAAGUAUUGUUGGUUCACUUACAAUCGAACACUGACAUAAGUAGAUUGCGGACGCCAUCGAAAGCGGCGCGGCGGACAAGCCAAAAACCCCGCGUGAACGGUAGAUCUUCUUCCGCGACGAAGACUUCACAAAAGAAAUCGGCAUGCAAAUGCUAAGGCCGUUCAAGCGGGCUUUGAAGAUUGGGGAUGUGUGGGCAGACCCCGACAUCGGCUCUCACGCUUUUCGGAACUACUAUACUCGCAAUAGCUGGACGAGACGAAUCGAUUCCACGAGUCUUCAGAGACUGAGAAGAGAGGGUAAAAAGGGUACCAUGGCAGCUUUGAAUUUGAAAAGUGCACUGAAGACCUCCAGAAUGAGCUAUCUCAUGAUCACAGCGGAGCUGAUGCGUUUCGAACCCAACAUUUGCAACAAAAAUCUUCUAUUCUCUUCUCCAACUAGAUAGACAUCCAUGAUUAAAAAAUACUAUUAUUUCUUCG